AGCAGAUAGCACACUAAGAAGAUAAGGAAUGAUGAGAAGACUAAUGAACUGCUUUACUAUAACGAUUUAUAUACUGGUGAAUAUUCUGGUUAACUACAAAUGCAGUGCCAUCGUAUGCUACGAGUGCGACUACUGCCCACAAGUUGAUACUUCCACACCUACUAAGAGUGGCUGCAGCGCAUGCUUGACUGCUGGAGUAAACCAUGAAGUUUCUAGAUUAUGCUUAGACAGAUGGCAGGGGAGGCCUGAUAACUUUCCAACAAUAAAUUAUGAAAAAUGUUUCGGAAAUCUGUGUAACAGGAAGAAUUAUACAUCCAUAAUAGAAAAUCCAAUAAGCUGUUUUGUUUGUGAUGAUUGCUUACAUAGAAACGAAGCAGUUGAAUAUAUGUGCGGUGCAUGUGCAACUCGUAAUUCAUCCGGAACUAUAAAUAAAUAUUGACUUAAAACCUGUGAUGAAGUACCAGUUCUCAAGUCAGUCUCUUGCUGUUCAACAGAUCUAUGCAAUGGAGAGAUAAAAUUGAAUAUUCGCAUAGGCCUAAUGAUAUUUCUGAUGGUUUUUACACACUUCAGCACCAAAGCAUUAUAAAAUGAUUAAAGUGAAGCAUAAUAUCAAUAACUUCUUUUUAAUAAGAACACGAAGAUACUUGUUAACAGUCAAAUUUUCUUAAUCCAUUCACGCUUUGCUUUAACAUUGGAAUCACUGCACUAUGGCGUUUACAUUUACUCACAUACCUGUAUUAUAACAAUGUUUCAGUGGUUCUUUCAAAACUAUAUUUAUUAUAUAAACUGACAUGUAACCAAAGCAUGAUUUCAAUUCUAAAUGCAUAGGAACAUUUAUAUAGACG